CAACGCGGGCGGCGCGCGCGAGGGCUGGGGCCUGGGCGAGGACGAGGUGCUGGCCGAGCUGGUGGAGGCCGCGUCCUUCCUGCAGGUCACGGCGCUGCUGCGCCUGCUGCUGUCGCAUGUGCGUCUGGGCAACUGCUUGGAGCUGUACCGCCUGGCUCAGGUGUACGGGCUGCCCGACCUGCAGGAUGCCUGCCUGCGCUUUAUGGCGCUGCGCUUCCACCAGGUGCUGUGCCAGCCGCAGUUCCCGCUCCUGCUGUCGCCGCCGCAGGCCCCGGGGGACUGCAGCCUGAAGCAGAGGCUGAGGGAGGCCCGCAUGCGCGGGACCCCGGUUCUGGUGGCCCUGGGGGAUUUCCUCGGGGGACCCCUGGCCCCGCACCCGUAUCAGGGGGAACCCCCGUCCAUGCUUAGGUACGAGGAGACCACGGAACGCUGGUUCCCGCUGGCCAACAACCUGCCCCCCGACCUGGUGAACGUCAGAGGCUACGGCUCAGCCGUCUUGGACAAUUACCUCUUCAUCGUGGGCGGGUACAGGAUCACCAGCCAGGAGAUCUCGGCCGCACACUCCUACAACCCCACCACCAACGAGUGGCUGCAGGUGGCCUCCAUGAACCAGAAACGCUCUAACUUCAAACUCGUGGCUGUCAACUCGAAGCUCUAUGCCAUCGGGGGGCAGGCUGUGUCUAAUGUGGAGUGCUACAACCCUGAGCAGGAUGCGUGGAAUUUUGUGGCUCCCCUGCCAAAUCCUCUAGCUGAGUUCUCUGCCUGCGAGUGCAAGGGGAAGAUUUACGUCAUUGGCGGCUAUACUACCCGAGAUCGCAACAUGAACAUCCUGCAGUACUGCCCUUCCUCUGACCUCUGGACGCUGUUUGAGACCUGCAGCGUCCAUAUCCGCAAACAGCAGAUGCUGUCCAUCGAGGAGACCAUCUACAUCGUUGGGGGGUGUCUCCAUGAGCUGGGGGCCAACCGCAGGAGCAGCCAGGGUGAGGACAUGCUCACCGUGCAGGCCUACAACACCGUCACUCGGCAGUGGUACUACCUGAAGGAGAACACGUCCAAGUCGGGCCUGAACCUGACGUGUGCACUUCACAACGACGGCAUCUAUAUCAUGAGCAGAGAUGUCACUCUGUCCACCAGCUUGGAGCACCGCGUGUUCCUCAAGUACAACAUCUUCGCUGACAGCUGGGAAGCCUUCCGGCGGUUCCCAGCCUUUGGACAUAACCUACUGGUUUCUUCUCUCUAUCUACCCAACAAAGCAGAGACCUGAAUGAUUCAACACUGUUUAAAAGACAGGUCUGGUUCAAGGGGGGAAAAAGGCAACCCUUUGAAAUCCUGAAUCCUGAAGAGACAAAGUAGACUAACGUAGGUCACAUAUGUAGGAGGCUCGGCUGUAAGUAAGCUUUCUUGAACUAAUUACUUGAAAACUUGGGGGAAAGAAACCACAUUAUUCCUUCCAUUGUUUUUUUCAUAUCACGGGAACAAAUGGCCUAAGUAUUCAUCCAAACCUAGCAGUCUUGGGCCGACAACUAAAACUCAGCAUUAAAAAGCAGACUUUUGGGGGUCUGCUCCUUAAGGGCCCAAGGUCAGCUGACAUGAUAGUAGUAAUGGCUUUGUUCUGUGUUUUCUUCACUGGGGGUGGAAUCUAGGGCCUCAUGAUAGUCCCGUAAAGAUGACUUUAAAAUACUAUUUCUUUAGGUCCCCUGGGAUGUCAUUAGUAGUAGAUUUUCCUUUUCCUUUUUAGUGUUUUUCUGACAAGCGUUAGGAGUUACCUCCUCACCCCUCCAGCCUCCUUCGUCCCCUUUGGCACCCAGUUUUUCUGGCUAGCUAUUUCAUCGUUGUAUAUAUGUUUUCAGGAACCCUAACAGGUGUCUCCAGCCUCUUGACAUUUAGAAAUCACAUUAAUAUUUAUAAAGUUUGUGCACAGUUGAGCUAUCUUAAAAAAAAAAAAAUAUCUCCUCGUGUUUUAAGUGAAGUCCUGAUGUUGUGUCGGCUACAGUCAUAGCUGUCCCCAGGGCCCACACGCUAUGGCCGCCAUGCUUGCUAAGGUAGAGCUAGACACAGAAUCCACACAAGCAGGGGCGCCAUCCAAAAACUUGGAUAAGUGCAGUCUCAGCUUCUUCUCCAGUCUUUCUGUAGUUGAGGAGGCUGUUCGAGUAGACUCGUCAACCUGUUAUGUUGUGUGUAGCAAAGGCAAGUCUACCCAGGUCACAGACCCUACCUUGUGAGGUCUUUGCUUUUUAGAAGAUUGCUGUUAGCAUUUUUUAUAAAUUGAGUCUUAAAUGAGGGAGUGUACUGAGUAAGGACAGCACGCCUUUAUGAGUUAUUUUUAUUGAAUGUGUUGACUUAGAUCUUGUUUCAAGAUUUAAAAUUAAAAAACAACAACAACAAAAAACCCCAACUUAUUUCACAUUUAGAUGAGCAUCCCUCCUAACUUGGUCUCAGAUAUGCAGUCGUGUUCUGCCUUUUAAAGGCAAAGGUGGCUGUAGCUCAUUUGUGCUGGGAAGUGUGUGUGGGUGGGUGCUUGACAGAUGUGGAAUGACCUCUGCUGGCGUGUCUGAACUGAGGUGAGGUGCUGGCCUCAGGGACCAGCUCCAGAGUUCACAGUGAACAAAGGAACCUGCCAAUCAUGGCUCCGUGUUUCUUAAAAAUCUCAAGGGCCCACUUAGCAUGCAUGAGAGGCCCGGGUUUAAUCUCCAGCACUUACAGCAACA